AUGGCGGCAGUGGUGGAGGUGGAGGUUGGAGCCGGUGCUGCCGGAGAACGGGAGCUGGAUGAGGUGGAUAUGUCAGAACUCUCUCCAGAGGAGCAAUGGAAGGUCGAGCACGCACGCAUGCAUGCCAAGCAUCGCGGCCACGAAGCCAUGCAUGCUGAAAUGGUCCUCAUCCUUAUCGCUACCUUGGUGGUGGCCCAGCUGCUCCUGGUGCAGUGGAAACAGAGACAUCCCCGCUCCUACAAUAUGGUGACCCUCUUUCAGAUGUGGGUUGUUCCCCUCUAUUUCACAGUGAAGCUGCACUGGUGGAGGUUCCUCGUGAUCUGGAUCUUGUUCUCCGCAGUCACAGCCUUUGUCACCUUCCGAGCCACCCGAAAACCACUAGUCCAGACAACCCCAAGGUUGGUGUAUAAGUGGUUCCUGCUGGUCUAUAAGAUCAGCUAUGCCACUGGCAUCGCUGGCUACAUGGCUGUUAUGUUUACCCUCUUUGGUCUUAACUUGUUAUUCAAGAUCAAACCUGAAGAUGCCAUGGACUUUGGCAUUUCUCUCCUCUUCUAUGGCCUCUACUAUGGUGUUCUUGAGCGGGACUUUGCAGAAAUGUGUGCAGACUACAUGGCAUCGACCAUAGGGUUCUACAGCGAGUCGGGCAUGCCCACCAAGCACCUCUCGGACAGUGUGUGUGCCGUGUGUGGGCAGCAGAUCUUUGUGGAUGUCAGUGAAGAGGGCAUCAUCGAGAACACAUACAGGCUGUCUUGCAAUCACGUAUUCCACGAGUUCUGCAUCCGCGGCUGGUGCAUCGUGGGAAAGAAGCAGACGUGUCCCUACUGCAAAGAGAAGGUGGACCUCAAGAGGAUGUUCAGCAACCCCUGGGAGAGGCCUCAUGUCAUGUACGGGCAACUGCUGGACUGGCUUCGGUACUUGGUAGCGUGGCAGCCUGUCAUCAUUGGCCUGGUGCAAGGCAUCAACUAUAUUCUGGGCCUGGAAUAG